GUGGCUGUCGCUGCGCGCGGACUCGCGGACAGACAAGGACGCUCCUGAGAGCAGAGCCGGGAGACGGCGGCUCCCAGACCGCCACCAACCUGCCUUGGUUCGCCUGACCACUGAAGGCGCACGUCUACCUGCGCGCCGUGCGCACCUUGCGCGCGGGAACAGCUCCACGUUGGGAGAACAUCUCAACUUUUUCAGACCGAGGAGAAUUUGAGGGGAAUUAAAAAGAAACAGAGCAAUAAAGGAAAAAUCUAUUGAACUGAAAACGGAGCUAAAACUAAGACAUCGUUUUAUUCUGUGGAGCCAGGAGGAGCAGAAGAAGUUUAUUUGGGGGACUAAGUGACAGCAGGAGAAUUGGGACGGAAUUGUCUGGAGCUGCUUUACGCACUGGGGGCGCGUAACGGACAUCCAGAGCAGCCGCCGUGCGUUUUUGCGUUUUCAUCUUCCAAGCACAACCUUAGUUAGAUUCAACAUGAGGCAACUCUUCUUUGAGUCCACGGAGCGCUGCGUGGACUUGUAGGACUUCCCUUUUUCUCCUGUCGGAAUUGUUCUGAGCGCCCGGAACGCAGCAGCUUUGGUCACUGAAAGCUCGGUCAAGGUUCCUUUUCAUCUUGAGGUUGACACACAGCUGUGGGCCUGCUGCUGGAUCCCAGGACAAGCACCGUUCCCCCAUUCCCUUUGUCCUCAUCCUCUGUCUCCCUCUUUUUAUUGAACUUGAGGAGAGCAGAAAGUUGACUCAUUCAAAGAGCUGUCAUCUCUUUUUUAACAUUAAGUCAUGGCAAACAUAUUUUUCCUUCCUGGCCAAGCAAGGUGGCCUUUUCCAGUGCUGCUUUUGUACUUUGUUCCUCUUCUUCCAAUGAGGAGUUGGGGUCAGGUUGUACCCUCUACUUUAGAUUUUGAUUCCUGCUCCACUUUAGUCCAGAACCGGUUCUUUGGGUAUUUUUUAUCUUCAUCUGUGUUUCCCACUGUGCCUUGUUCUUGGACCCUGCAGAACCCAGAUCGACGGCGCUACACCAUCUUCAUCAAGUUGACCAAGCCUACUAAUGACUGUGUGCCCUCACAACUGCGCACAUUCCAGUAUGAUUCCUUACUGGAGACCACACAAAGCUACCUUGGCAUGGAAAGCUUUGAUGAAGUGGUGGGUCUGUGUGAUGCCUCUGUCCCAGUGGCCUUCCUUGAAGCCGGAAAACAGUUUCUGCAGAUCAGGAAGGGACCUCCUCGGGCUGGCACGCCGACUCCUCGCACCAGUGGGGAUUUCAAAACUGAGUACCUUGUAGUUGGCAAACGCAAUCCAAGUAUGGCAGCCUGUCAGAUGCUCUGCCAGUGGUUAGAAGACUGCCUGGCCUCCAGCACAUCUAACAGGCCUUGUGGCAUCAUGCAGACCCCUUGUUUGUGCUGGGAGCCCCCACCACAGCUCAGCCAGGCUGACAACUGUUAUCACAACGGGCUUUAUCUGGAAAACUGCUUACCCAGCAUCAAAGACAGUGGAAAGGUUGAUCAAAGUGGUGGCUGGAGCGGGUGGAGCUCAUGGGCGCAAUGCAGCAGCGAGUGCGGAGGCGGGAUCCAAACGAGGACUCGGACCUGUCAGUCACCUCCAGACGAGGGGUUUCUGUGUGAGGGCGUCGUGGAGGAGGGCCGGCCCUGCAACUCACACUCCUGCUCGGGCAAAGGUCUCCAUCUGUCUCGCAGUCAGUCGCUCCGCUCGGUGGACAGCCUUAAGCGGGAUGAUGUGGAAAAGCCCCGCAGCGGACAGAAGAGCCCUCAGACAGUAGAGUCAGUUUCAGGUGAGGAGUGGACAGCGUGGAGCGACUGCUCUGCCACAUGUGGGGAGGGCUGGCAGAGCCGCACGCGGUUUUGCGUGUCCUCCUCCUACAGCACGCAGUGCAGUGGGCCGCUGCGAGAGCAGAGACCCUGCAACAAUUCUUCUGUUUGUCCAGUGCAUGGCGCGUGGGACGACUGGACGCCUUGGAGCUUGUGUUCGUCCACCUGUGGCCAGGGUCAAAGGUACCGCACGCGAACCUGCACCCCCCCGCAGUUUGGUGGGGACCCCUGUGAAGGACCAAAUAAGCAGAACAAGUUCUGCAACAUAGCUGUCUGUCCAGUGGAUGGAAAAUGGAACGAAUGGGCCCCCUGGAGCUUCUGCUCCACUACGUGUUCCAAUGGGACCAUGAAGAGGACCCGGCAGUGCAACCCUCCCUCGUACGGAGGCUCUGAGUGCAAAGGGGAGUGGCAGGAGACCAUCCACUGCGAUCUCGGGGAGUGUCCAGUGGACGGCAAAUGGCAGCCUUGGUCCUUGUGGUCAAGUUGCACCAAAACGUGUGGUGGGGGGAGGCAGCAGAGAAACAGGAUCUGCUUCGGCCCCUUCUUUGGAGGACAGCCGUGUCCCGGAGAACGAGAAGAGGUCCGCCCCUGUAACGAAAAGAGGUGUCCAGAACCCCAUGAAAUCUGCGGUGAAGAUAAUUUUUCCAACGUUGUGUGGAAGAUGACCCCUGCAGGGGAAACCGCAGCAGUCCGCUGUCCCCCCAAUGCCGUGGGUCUCAUCCUCCGCCGCUGCACCCUGGAUGAUGAGGGCAUUGCCUACUGGGAGAAUCCAACAUAUAUGAAGUGCAUCUCUAAUGACUAUCGCAGUAUACAAACUUUGACUCGAGAACAUCUGUCCAAAGCGCAGCGCGGCCUGGCAGGAGAUGGAGUUUCAGAGGUCAUGACCAAGCUGAAGGUCAUCUCCAGCGACGGAACCAGCUACAGCGGGGAUUUGCUGGCCAUCUUAGACGUGCUGAAGAACAUGACAGAGAUCUUCAGGAGGGCGUACUACAGCCUCAGCAGUGCAGACAUGAGGAACUUUGUGCAGUCAGUCAGCAAUCUGCUGAUGGAGGAGAACAGGGAGAGGUGGGAAGAGGCACAGCUGCUGGGGCCCAGCAUCAAAGAGCUGUUCCGGCUGCUGGAGGACUUUGUGGAUGUCAUUGGCCUCAGGAUGAAAGACUUCCAAGACAUGUAUGAAGUCACCGAUAACCUGGUUUUGAGCAUUCACAAACGGCCUGUGAUGGGUCACGCUGACAUCACCUUCCCUAUGAAAGGCUGGAGGGGCAACGUGGACUGGGCCCGCAGCUCUGAGGACAGAGCCAACAUCCCAAAGAACAUCCUGUCCACAGGAAAGCCGGAUGGAGAUGACUCCUCCGCCUUUGUGACCGGCAUAGUUCUGUACAGAAACCUGGGCAGCAUUGUGACUCUGCAGAGAAAUGCGACUGUCCUGAACUCCAGAGUUCUGUCCGUGUCCAUCAAGCCCAGCCCUCCUUCCCUCGCAGCUCCUGUUGUGGUGGAAUUCUCUCACCUUUACAACGGGACUUCCAACCAAACCUGCAUAUCAUGGGACGAGAGUGACAGCUCCUCUCUGCUCGGAUCCUGGUCUGCCAAAGGCUGCAAAGCCGUGCUUGUCGACUCGUUCCGAACCAAGUGCGUGUGUGACAGACUGUCCACCUUCGCCAUUUUAGCCCGGCUAAACCCAGACAUGAACAUGGAUAAGACUCAGCUCCCAUCUGUGACCCUGAUCGUGGGUUGUGGAGUUUCCUCACUCACUUUGCUGUUGCUCAUCAUCAUUUAUGUGUCUGUCUGGAGGUAUAUUCGGUCCGAGCGCUCUGUGAUCCUCAUUAACUUCUGCCUUUCCAUCAUCUCCUCCAACGCCCUGAUUCUGAUUGGACAGACUCAGACGAGGAAUAAGGUCUUAUGCACCCUAAUUGCUGCAUUCCUUCAUUUCUUCUUCCUGUCUUCAUUCUGCUGGGUCUUGACAGAGGCGUGGCAGUCAUACAUGGCAGUAACAGGCCGCCUCAGAAACCGUAUCAUACGGAAGCGUUUCCUGUGUCUUGGCUGGGGUCUUCCUGCUCUCGUAGUAGCAAUUUCAGUGGGCUUCACCAAAGCAAAAGGAUAUGGAACACCGAGCUAUUGUUGGCUGUCUUUGGAAGGAGGUCUUCUCUAUGCAUUUGUUGGACCUGCUGCAGCUGUAGUCUUGGUUAACAUGGUUAUUGGGAUUCUCGUUUUUAACAAACUGGUGUCCAAAGACGGCAUAACUGAUAUGAAACUAAAGGAGAGGGCGGGUCAGAUGACAGUGCCACUGUACAAUAUGACGCUCAAAUGUGCCAAGUGCGGGGUUAUCUCUUCGGCUGACGUUUCCACUACAGCUACCAGUAACGCCAUGGCGUCGCUGUGGAGCUCUUGCGUGGUGCUGCCGCUCUUGGCUCUCACGUGGAUGUCGGCCGUCCUGGCCAUCACCGACAGACGCUCUGCGCUCUUCCAGAUCCUUUUCGCCGUCUUUGACUCGCUGGAAGGCUUCGUUAUCGUCAUGGUUCACUGCAUUCUGCGCAGAGAGGUCCAAGAGGCAGUGAAGUGUCGUGUGGUAGACCGGCAUGAAGACACUAACGGCGAUUCAGGAGGGUCUUUUCAAAACGGCCACGCUCAGCUCAUGACGGACUUUGAGAAGGACGUGGACAUGGCUUGCAGAUCAGGAACCACAAAGCGCGCAUCCCUCCAGGGGGACGACAAGGCCUCAUCUGGAACCCUCAAGCUCCAGAAGAACGCUAACUUUAACACCAUGCCAGCCAACAUGGCCAAGGUUCACCUCCAGAUUGUGGCUGACUACACAAGCCACACUCUGACGCUACGCAGGGAAAAGGGCGCCGCCAAGGGAAUCAGCACUGAGCUUCCAGGUGCAAAGUCUGUGUACGUCCACGAAGGUGAGCUCCUGAAGCAGCUGGACGGAGAUCUGCCUCGAGGAACUGGUGAAGGCAGCAGCAGUGAGGGCACAGGGAAAGGUCCAGGAUACAUCAUUCUGCCAACAAACAAUACGGGCACCUUGAAACCAGUAAAGGGGAAAGAAGAUCAGACAGCCAAGUACAGCGCUGAGCAGCUUCCUCAGACCAGGCUGAUACACCUGGCAAACCCGGCGGUUGUUGAACCCGUUCCCGGCUUUGGGAUGAAGAGCCUGCCUGCUGACCAGGUCAGUGUGCCCUGCUCUGACAGAGACUCGCCUGCACAUCUGCAGGGCAAGCCCAGGGAUCCCCAGCUAAGCGGUUUGUGUGACGGCGGACAGUCUGGAAGCUCUGGGGUGAUGUCCAAAGGGGAGACCGUCUCCACUCUGUCCAUGAGCUCUCUGGAGAGACGAAAAUCCCGAUAUGCAGAGCUUGACUUUGAGAAAAUAAUGCACACCCGGAAACGCCACCAGGACAUGUUUCAGGACCUGAACAGGAAGAUUCACAGUGCAGACAAGGAUAGAGAAUCUCCACCUGUUGAUGCCAAAGCUUCCAAAAGAUGGAGCGUGUCCUCUGCCAGCAGCGACAAGACCAACAUGAGUCAGGACAAGCAAUCAACCCCCAGUAAAAGAGCAUGGGAGGGCAUUCGGAAGGCACAUUCUCCUCCAUCCUGGGUAAGGAAAGACCUGGAAACUGUGGCAGCCUCCCCUCUGGAGCGGCAGACGGUGGAGUGGGAAAAGACUGGCGCCACCAUUCCACUGGUGGGCCAAGAGAUCAUGGACCUGCAGACAGAGGUGUGAGCCCCAGCUUUGGUGCCACACCUUGCAUCGCCUGUUUCUUCCAGUGCUACCAGAAAAAGAAUCCAUUUCACACAUACCGUCCUGCUCUGUACAAAGGCUGGAGCAAAGAGCGACUGUGAGGGCUUAGAAGAGAGUCACAGCAUCCUUAGAAGAGAGUCACAGCAUCCAAAAAACAAGAUAUGCAGGAGGGUGAGAACGUGGCAUCUCUUUUGACAAUUUACUUGGUAUUUUGUCUACGGAAUACGGCUCAUCUUCCUGUAUAUUAUGAUCUGCUGGCAUGUGAGGGACACAGCUGUCAGUUUGAGGAUGAAGCCACUAUGUGUGCAUCAUACUGUACCAAAGGUACAGCACAGGUAUCGAUCCAGUGUCCCACCCUGUAUUGAGUUGUUGCAGUGUAACAAUCAUGAAUGUUUUCUCUGCUCCCAUGAGGGCAUUGCUGUAUUACUGCUGAGAAACACUGAACGCAGCUCAGAUAGCCUCAGACCUUCAUCGUUUGCAGCAUCAGUGAAGACGAGCUCAGCUUUGAGCUCACAGACCACCAAAUACACGCCACUGCUCUGUCUCAGUUGUGGGACAAGGCCAGCCCUGCAGUGAUCAACAAAAGAUCAUGGAGACUGGGGAAAGUCAUAAUGGCACGGAUAAACUAGGCUUCCUUGUCAUUUAAGGACAGCUCAGAUGCUGUAGUGAGAGGAGAAUGCCCUCCACUUGUCUCUCAUCUCCACGGUCAUCCCGCAGAAGGAACGUGGACGACAAAGAGGAGCCACAGUCCGCAGACGCAUGCGGUCUGUGUCAGAUCCUAACCGAAACUGAAGUGGCCGUCUUUCUAACGUGUUCAAGUUUCUAAUACUGAACAACACAAGCAGAGUAAACAUCAGGGUGUGUCAUGGGGAAUGAGGGUUCAGUAUUUUCAAGACAAAGCCGGCAUGCAGGUGGUCGCACACUGGAAAGCACAAGGCUCACAUGGAGUCCUGAUGUACAGCAUUGUAAUUAUUUCAACAGAGAUCUACAGAAUUGAUUUUAGCCUAUGAGUAUCUUUCUUACCUGUGCUUGGAGAUAGCUGUUAUCAUUAAAAUGAAUAUGACCAUUAUUAUUCUGCUACCAAUCCUCCCUUUGUCUUUCAAGGUUCAGGACAAGACAAGUGUCGUGUAAAACCAUGUAACAGUGUGUGUUUUGAUAUCACCCGUCCCUUCUUUUGAUGUGUUUUUGUCCAAACCAUGGCUGCUGACCCGGCCCCCAGCUUCCCUCCACCACUGGUUUAUACCCAGCCUUUACAUACACAGCCCCCCACCCCGCCCUCCCUUUUUCUAUGUUACAGGGGUUGCCUUUUUGUUAAUGUACAGUUUUCAGAGCACAAAAUGAAUGUGUCUUAUUUCUAAUAAAAUCCUAUCUACAUAGUAAAAGUUACUGAUAUACAGUA